AAUGGUUCUGCUGCCACCAAACAGCGACGUCCUGUCGGGCGACGCACCGUUGUCCGCUAGCACGGAAAUGGCCAGCGAGGGCACACCGGUGAAGGUGUCGGUGGCCGCCGAUACGACCAACGGCACCACCAUUACACCACCAACGGUUGCAACGGCAAUCAGCAUCUCCACGACAACCACGACGGCGGCGUCCGAUGACGUCACGGGCGCGACAGCGGCAAUGUUUGGCAGUGCUGGGCCGCUGUCACCGUACCGACCGAGCCGGGUAACGCUCGGGUCCGUCUAUCCCUGCAUCACGUGUAACCUUUGCAAGGGCUAUCUGAUCGAUGCAACCACGAUCGUCGAGUGUUUGCAUUCCUUUUGCCACAGCUGCAUUAUGAAGCAUUUGCGCACGGAACAGUACUGCCCACAGUGCGAAAUGAUGAUCAACAAGGCGAAGCCCAACAUCAAACCGGAUGCAACGCUGCAGGCGAUCGUGUACAAGCUGGUGCCGGGACUGUACGAAAAUGAGCUGCGCCGGCGGCGUGCCUUCUACCGACUGCACCCGGAUAUGGCCGCCAUUGCAACGCCCGAGCAACGGGGCGAAGAUACCGAGUAUCUCAUCUUUAGCCCGAACGAGAAGAUCUCCCUUUCGCUGGAGUACGCGGAAAAAGAACUGGCAGAGGACAAUGAGGAGCUGCUGAAGGCCAAGUAUCUGCUCUGUCCGGCCAUCUUUUCGAUCGCGCUGCUCAAGAAGUUUAUCAUCUACAAGUACGGCAUUUCGGAGCGACAGUUUUGCGUCGAGAUUAUGUACAAGGUGAAGACGAUCAUCCUGCCAGACUACUACACGCUGAUGGAUGUGGCUUACAUUUACACCUGGAAGAGGGACGCUCCCAUGAAGUAUUACUAUCGCAUCCGUACGACAGAAUCGAAUCCAGUGGAAUUGCCGGAGGUACCGCUGCGUCGUUCGCCAAGCCUAGUCAGCGCAGGAAAGCAACGGACCGAGGCCGUGGAUGAUGAGGAUGAUAAGGAGAAUGUGCAUCUGGAGCGAUUAGUAUCCGAGGUGACGGUAGGCGAGAGUGAUAACAGCAACAGUAGCAGCUGUAGCAGUGAUAAUAUUCGUCGUUCGGAAAAUGGUUCGAAAAGUGUAGAAGAGCCCAAACCGAGUCCUACCAUGCAGCCAUCCCCACCGGCUGGAUCUCCUGCAACUCCAGCACAACCGGCACGAAAGAAUGAGUCGAUCAAGCUUAAAAUUGGGCUCAAUAAAAACAAGUACGUUAGCUUCCUUCAAAGUCCGCAACCGGAUGAACCGGCGGCCAACACUUACACAUCUCCCGGCGCAUCGGUCGAGGGAUCAAAGUCACACAAGUCGGAGAAAACGAAGCGCAAACGGUCGGAUCCGCUAGGCGCGUUGCAGCAGUUGAAAGAAAAUUCCCGCGAGCUGCAAAUCGAGAUCGAGAAAAUGAAGGACAUGCUUCCUCAAGGUAAGCUGCCUACUGAGCCGGUAAGCAGCAAGCGCGAGGGAAAGAGUGCCAAGAAGCAACAGCUGUCGCUGGCCCCGUGUAAGGUUGAUUCGGGUUCGAGCAUUGCUCAGGGGUUGCAAGAUUCGGAGCGCGAUUCAAAGCGACUGCACUCUUCCAAGAACGGUUCGGGUUCGUCAUCGUACCGCAAGCUGAAGAUAAAAUCUCCCAAGAGCGGCAGUAGUUCCAGCAGCAAUAACAGCAGCCCGGAGGACAGCAAACAUCAUCAUCCGAUUGUGUUGAAGAUCGAUCAACGUAGUCCGGACAUGGCUACAGCUACCCUCAAAUUUGGUGUACCGAGAAAAGCGGAUAAAAGUAUGACACCAUCACCGCCACCAUUGCCACCAUCUCCACCAACGCCUCCACCAGCGAAGCCGAAGUUUGAGGAUGAGCAGUCACAGUUCCUGAACUCGUUCGAUUUGACACCCAUCAAGACGGAACAGUCUUCCUCCCCGACAAAGAGCACCGGCACGUCGCCCUCGACCGUAGAAAGUACAUCAUCGUCAAAAAAAUCGCCAACGUCCAGUGCCAACCCUAAAGUAGGUACGGCAACUACCACCACCACAGCAAAUGCCACCGCGAAUGGAAGCACCACACAAACGAAACGCAAAGCAAAGGAUUCGGCUGGUGGUGCAACCCGGUCCGGCUCCAAGAAGCCGAAGCUGUCCGACGAUGAAAUGAAGGCAAUCGUCGAGAAAACGGUGGCAGAAAACAUUCGCUCACCCUCGGAACAUAUCGUUCCACCGAUUUUCCUCAAGCCAAAGGUUCCACCGGUGGCUUCUCCUUCGCCCGUCACCUCAUCCCGCCAGAAGUCGCCACCCUUGCCAUCUUCUUCGGCGAAGUCAGAAACAAAGAAAACGACGGCGACGACUACAACGAAGACGACGCCCCCGCCCAAGCGCGAUUCUCCACGUCCAUUCAUCUUCAAGACACCGCCUCCACCGCCACCGAUCGUGUCGGCGAGCAACAUACCCGCGGUUAAGCCUUCGCAGCAGGUACUUCCAGCUCCGAUUCCUCAGAAACCAUCGCUACCGCCAAUCAGACCAGCGAGCACACCGAAGGCUUCAAGUCCAGUUUCGAAACCAGCUUCACCGCUAGCACCACAAGCGCCUAUUCGAAAGCCAACGACUCCAACCAAGCUACCGACUUCCACAACGACCAGUGGUGGUGGUGCGAGUGCUGCUUCCCAGCCACUUAACAAUGGUACCAAUGUUGCUCCAACGAAUUCGACCACUCACAGCGUCGCUACCGGGUCUAGCAAACAGCAAAAGCCACUGGAACUGAAGCGCGCCCUAAGUAAUCCAUCGAUAAACAUUCUGCCUCCAACAGUACCACAGACACCCGGUAUGCCGCGUGAUACCGAAAUCAGCAAGCUCCGGCCGGAGGAUUUGAAGAAGAACGUUAAAAUCUACGGACCGCCGACAUCAACGGAACAGCCAACCAUUCCAGCCAGAUCGACAGAGACCGCUAGCUUCGCGGUUCCCAACAAGGUCACACCUAAAACGCCAUCAAACCUCACUGUCACUUCAGCAACGAAAGCGGCUGCCACAUCGACCUCGACAUCCGGUCCUCAGGUGCAGGGUGCAAAGGCAAGACCAGUGAACUACUUGAAUUACGCACUGCUCAACAGUAAGGCGGCCGCUGCCGGGUCUCGUACUCCGAUUCCAUCAUACUCCUCCAAUUCGCCCAGUUAUUCGCCCGACUCUCCGCAGUACAAUCCCAACCUAAACUUUUCGCCGAAACAGUUCAAGUACGCUAACCCGCUAGCGUACAGUAGCCAUCUCCAGAACAUGCUGACCGAACGGAAGUCUGGCAGUACGUCACCACCAUCAACCACAAUCACCAUACCUGCUUCCUCGCCAUCUCCACCGCAAGCAAAGGAACAGACGGCUGCUCCAUCAUCUGCUAGCAUUUCCGUUACACCUGCUUCCAACAAACGGCCCGCAUCAGCCCUCAGUCCCGAUGCGGAAGAAAAGAAGCUUCAGCCACCGGAGAAGCAAGCAACGCUGUCUAGUCCGCCGAAUCCGCUGGAUAAAUUCCCUGCGGGAAUCCCAGAUGGACUGUCGGUCACACUUGCUACGGAUGAAGAUGACGCGACCCGUAUUAAGAACGUGAACAAACAGCUAAAAAAUAACUUCAUCGAGAUCCGGCCGCUGCCCGAUGUACCGGUUACGGAGGUGAAGCUUCCGCUGCCACAUCCCAACACCAUUCCCAAGCAGGGACGGCGAACACCACCGUCCAAGGUCGGUAACAAUGUUGCUGGAAGCAGUAUGCCUGCAUCAACGACUUCGGUAUCUCAGGUGGCACGCAAAUCGACUCCACCGAUCACCAAUCCUACGUACAGUGUGGCUAAUAGUGCCCCAGCUAAGACUUCCGCUUCUUCCACAUCGUCUAAUGGUACGGCGGAUGCGAUCCAGCGCAAAAUCUACGAUAUAAUCGAAAAGCGAACCUCGUCCGAUGGUGGUAAGAGUGCCAACAACAAGUCCGCACAGCAGAAGCCUUCCUCGGUGGCACCCACGUCGCGACCGAGUACACCGAAGGUGCCGACGUUCCCAGUCGCUAACAAGUUUAAACAUCCCAACGCUACCGUGAAUGAGAACGGUAUGUUGAAGUUUCACCACUACAAUGAGGUAGAUUUGAUUCCGAAGGGCGUAAAUAAUUUAACCAACAAUUCGAAGUCAUCCAGAAUGAUGCCUCCACCGACCACGCAGGCAAAGUCGAACGUGCCGAUCGCACCGAAACCUUCGCAGCAACCGUUCGCCAACGGACGGAUGGCUAUGUCGCCACCGAUUCCCCGCUCACCGGCCACUUACGGUGGUUACAGCCAACCGAAGUCUAAGACACCUCCGUCCCAUCUGCCGUCGAUGGCAAGCAUGGGUCCGAUGUUCGACAUCCAGAUGAAGUCUGCCGCGAUCGGCGCAUCCGGCGGUGGUACUCCGGCGAAGAAAUCCCCGGUCGGAUCGUCCACAACGCUCACCUCCGGCACUGUUCCCCGGCGCAAGAUAGUUCCGACGAACAAUUCGACGACGCUGGUACCGCUAAAGUCCGCCUCGUCGGGUUCCUCCGCACCGUCCGCAAACGGUGGUGGUUCGAAGCUGUCGGGCAGUUCGACCGAUUUCAUCACGCUGCAUCCCCAGGGUCCGGUAGCACCUUCAACGCCAUCCUCGCCACGUUCGCUGCCCUUUUCCGCCCAGCAGGCCGUGCUGAACCAGAUGAUGAACAAUAGUUUGCUGGCCCAUCAGUACUAUCCGUUCUUCCUGCAGCAGUACGCGCAGCAAACUUCCGGCAUGAAUAUGCCGAUUGGUGCCGGGUCGGAUUCGGUCACCAUUACGGCAUCGCCGCUCAGCACAUCCCGUAACGCUGUGUCACAGAACUCGCUUACCGUCACCGCUAUUCCACCUGGAUCUUCGAUCGCUAAUGGUAGGGGAAGCAGCACCAAUGGGGGUGGUGGAUCGGGAGGCGGUAAUGGUGGUGUAGGUGGUCCGUCGAGAGGGUUCGGUGGCGGUGGUCCGAAUCCAGCAUCGCGCAACUCUUCCUGAGUAAUGUUGAUCGAGCUGUAGAGUGCUUGUUGAAGGCGGUAGAAAGAGCCAGG